GUGCACGCCACACUCCAGCCUCCAGGGUCCGGCGUCCUAGAGGAGUUCUGCGCUACUAGGAGAUGCUACACUAGUCACUCCUUCAGGCGGCAGGAUAUCAUAAAUAUCCUCUAUAUGAGAUCCUGCGGUCCUUAAAGAUCCUACAUCCCUCCAUCUCGGAGAAGGUCUGCUUUGCUUCAAGGUCCUGCAACAGUCUGGCAUAGGAUGCCACGAGGACGCUUCACACGACACCUGCACUAAUACGAUGCACUGCACUCGCCUCUCAGCCAUCGUAAAUGACUCCUUCAGGCAAAAGAACCUUCCGGCCAGGAUCUCGUCAUAUUGCGACUUCCUCCACUACUCCUUCACAAGAACACUUCAGGCAGGAUACUACAGUACUCCCGUACAGUGCCCUGGGAGGCACUAGGAAACAACUAGGAUACUUCAAACCAAGCCCUGCCAUUCUAGGAGAUCGUUCACCAUCCCAAGAACUAUUUAUGAAGACUAAGACACUUUAGAGAAACACCCACGAGCACUUGAAGAUCCCUAAGGACGUGAAAAGCAAGUAGUAAGUCUUCAAGAGACUGAGGAAGAGGAGGAAGAGGCCUUGCUACCAUGACGUCAGGUAAAGACACUUCGGGUACUGGAAAGUUUCCCAUAACCACUAUGAGGUCACGGCGGAAACAGAGGUUCUGAGACGUCCCCCACCCUUCUCUCCACCCUUCCACCCCCUGCAGGGUCUGAGGGCGGCACGUGGACGCGAUGCCAUGUACGCAGAGUAAGGACACGCCUCGCCCUACCUGGCCGUGCCUCACUAAGUUUUACCGGGAAUUUGCCAGGAGGAGUAGCAAUGUCGUGUGUGAAACUGAAGAAUUUAGCGUUCGAAUCACAUGUAGUCUGUAGUUUCUCUCACUUAGUAAAACCUAAACGUUAUUCUUGCAUGUACUCAGGACGCAACACAAGCAACGCCAAGACAUCACAAGAAAGUUGGUGCCGGAAUCACGUGUGUCGUUGAGCACAAGACUUUCAUGUAGCAAAACUUGAAUAUUAUUUUUGGAUGUAGUGCAGGAAUCACGUGCAUGUGUUGAGGGUUUCUCGUGCAGCAAGACUUGAGUGAAACAUGCAUUCAAACCCUCACAGAACACAAGGAACUCUACCAACACACGAAUCUGAUGGUGAAUGCAGUGUUAACGGUGAUGCAGACCUAGUGAAGUGGCGGGGGAGGUGAAGCAGUGUUAGUGGUGCCACCGUGUUGCAUUGUGGGGCGUGGGAGGCGACGCUCCCGGACGCUCUUGGGGUGGAGAAUGGGAAGUGUGUGCGUUCAUCUCCCCGACAGCCAGCCAGAGCAGGUAUGUACCGCACCUGCAGCGGCAACGCGGAAACCACACCAGGUACGUAACACGGAGGAGGCCGCGGCGAGCGUGCCAGAGGACACCAAGACACCAAUUGGCGCGGGGCUGCCCACCACACCUUCCCCGACUGUCACUCAGAUGUCGGGUGACGCUGGUGACGGCAGCCCCGCCGGCGGCGUUGAGGUCAAGGACUUCCAGAACCGCAUCAACGUGUUCCAGCGGCAGGACAAGCAGCAGCACCUGGGCAAUAGCAGAAGCAGCAGCAGCAGCAGUAGCAGCAGCAGCAGCAGCAGCAGCCAGUUGAAGCGAUCCCAGCUCUCCUCCCGCUCCACCAACAACCUGAGCGAGGUGAAGUCUUCCAGUAACCUCAGCGAACUCAAGUCCUUGAUGUCCGAAGUCAAGUCUGACAUGAGCGAAAUGACCUCACAGAGCAACUACAACCGAACCAUGUCUGUGGCCAACUCCGCCAAGCAGCAGAGUUCCUCGGCCUCCAGCCUGCAGAGCUUCAACAAGAUCAAGCCAGCUGGCUUCAAUAUGGGUUCCAUGGACGCCAUUAACAAUGCCCUCAACAUGGGGUCGUCGGAGCAGCUGGCGCUCCCUGACGUGGAGAACGACUUUGACCUCCAGAACCUGAAGGCGUCGCAGGACCAGCUGAGCUCCUCGCCGCUCACCUCAGCGACGGGCUCCGCCAACACCAACUCCACGGGAGUCAAGUUUGAGCAGAAGACAGUCACUUCUUCACAGAAGACUAAGGUUGUGACAGACAAGAACAGCUACGAAUCAGCUUCUGGACAGUCCUCAGAGUCCACAAAGCUGCAGGCGGGCGACUUGACAUAUGCCGAGUCAUCCAAAAAGGCAGCGAGCAAAGCCAAGCUGGAAAUUGACGGCAUCAAGGCAGAAAAAGCUGCAGCGGUGUCUCAGGAGGCACGUCAGCUGAAAGCGGAGGGCCUAGACCACCGUGAGGAGUCACAGAUCAUGGGUGCGUCAGAACGAGUGGCUGGUGAUGGGUUCUCUGUCCAUCGGUCGGCACUGAGUGAGCAGCAGCAGCGACAGACAAAGACCCCAGGUGGCGCCAUCAACCAGGAAUCAUCCCGGCAAGCUACAAAAUCCGGCAUUACCAUAAAGGCCCAAGGCGUGUGCACAAAGCAGUUCUCCACCAUGAACACCUCCCAGAAUAAUGUAAAUAUCACCAGUUUUGAAGACCUGAACAAGCUGAACUCCAACUCUCAGCCAGGGGAUGUGCAGAACACCAUAUUGCGUUACUCUGGAGUGAUGUACACCUUUGUGGAGAAGCUCAAGAACUUGACUGUUAGCCAGUCCCUCAAGGAUGCCCCAACACUGCUGGAAAACAUUGAUGACAUGAUAAGAAAAGCAUGGUCAGUUCCCACAUAUGGCCACGAGUUGGGCUUUUCUUUAUGCAAUGUUUUGAGAACUAAUGGUGGUAUGGACCUUCUCCUUGACAACUGUCGCUCAGAAAACUCAGAUUUGAAGUUUUCAAGUGCCAAGGUGUUGGAACAGUGCCUCACCACUGAAAAUCGUGGCUAUGUUGUUGAAAAUGGUCUCAAAAACAUUGUGAGUGUUGCGUGUGACUGUACAAAAAAUGGGUCAUCUGUGGACAAGUCGAGAGUGGGUACUGGAAUUCUGGAGCAUCUCUUCAAGCACAGCGAGGGAACUUGCUCAGACAUUAUCAGACUGGGAGGACUGGAUGCUGUGCUGUCCGAGUGUAGAAAAUCUGAUGUAGAGACCCUAAGACACUGUGCCGGUGCAUUGGCCAACCUGUCCCUGUAUGGAGGCUCAGACAACCAGCAGGCGAUGAUCCAACGUAAAGUUCCAAUGUGGCUCUUCCCUCUUGCCUUCCACUCUGAUGAGAACAUCAAGUACUAUGCGUGCCUCACCAUUGCUGCCUUGGUAGCAAAUAAGGAAUUAGAAGCUGAAGUGCUACAAUCUGGAACCUUGAACCUUGUAGAACCAUUUGUCUCAAGUCAGCUUCCUGAUGCCUUUGCCAACUCCACUGUGGCUCACCGCCAUGGCCAGAGUCAAGGCUGGCUUCAGAGGUUACUCCCAGUCCUUAGAAGCAAAAGAGAAGAAGCUCGAAACCUGGCAGCUUUUCACUUCUGCAUGGAAGCUGGUAUCAAGAAGAGACAAGGAAAUCUAGAACUCUUCAGAGAAAUAGGUGCCAUUGAACCCUUAAAAGAUGUUGCAAGUUCUCCAAAUGCCAUUGCCAGUAAAUAUGCAGCACAAGCUCUCCGGCUAAUGGGCGAGGAAGUGCCACACAAACUCAGUCAACAAGUACCUUUAUGGACACCUGAGGAUGUCAGGGAAUGGGUCAAGCAAAUUGGAUUUUCUCAGUUUUGUGAUAACUUUUUAAAUUCCCGAGUGGAUGGAGACCUCCUGCUCCAACUUGGUGAAGAGAAUCUGAAGGAAGACAUUGGCAUUCAGAAUGGCAUACUGCGGCAAAGGUUCCUGAGGGAGCUGCGAAAACUGAAACUUAUUGCUGACUAUUCCUCAUGUGACUUAACAAGACUAAAUGAAUUCUUGGUCGAAAUUGACAAGGAGUACGCAGAAUACACCUACAAGAUGCUGAGCGCUGGAGUGACCAAGGAAUGGCUUAGGUAUCUCAGUGAAGACCAGUUAAUGUUGGAGUGUGGCAUCACCAAUUCCAUUCACAGACAAAAACUCCGUCAUAGUAUACUAAAUGAGACGGGUCAACUGCAGGACACAAGCUCCCUCGACAAGACCUUGGAUGUCUUCAUCAGCUACAGACGAUCGAAUGGAUCACACUUAGCAAGUUUACUCAAGGUUGACUUGCAGCUCAGGGAUUUCAGUGUGUUCAUUGAUGUGGAAAGGCUAAGAGCUGGAAAGUUUGACAACAAUUUGCUGAACUCCAUUAGACAAGCCAAGAACUUCCUUUUGGUGCUGACACAAAAUGCCCUCGAUCGAUGUAUUGGUGACACCGAGUGCAAGGAUUGGGUGCACAGGGAGAUUGUCGCAGCACUGCAAGCCGGAUGUAACAUCAUUCCAAUCAUUGACAACUUCCAGUGGCCAGAACCAGAGGAACUCCCUGAGGAUAUGAGGGCAAUCUGCUCCUUCAAUGGCGUGAGGUGGAUCCAUGAGUACCACAACGCCUGUGUGGAUAAGAUGGAGAGGUUCAUGCGAGGUGAUGAUUCUCUCGGCCGUUACACCAACAGGAGUGUGGAGGGUGGUAUGGCCACUCCUGGCACCCCUUCCAACCUCCCUCGUGCACCUCCAAUAUAUCAACGCACAACUAGUACAGAGAGUGGAGGGAAAUGUUCCUCGUGCUCAGACAAGGACCCCAAAGACUGACGGGGCGACCCUGCAUUGGUUAAACACAGGAGAUUAUUAGCCACCAGCAGCCCCCGCUCAGCUUCCCCCUUGAGGCGAACUGGAAGGGCUGUCAGCCCGGCACUGCGUGUUGCUGUCCGUGGGGUGGGGGGCAGGGGCUCUGGCACCAGCUCUCCCCUACUGCCUCGGCCACAGCGCCGCACACUGCCACCGUCACGCUCUCUCAGCCUAGACACUGGCUUGGACAACAAUAAUGCUGCUUCAUCAGACCCAGAGACUGCAACAGAUGUCGUCACUUCAUGUGAACAGUACCUGCAGCAGCAGCACAACCAGCAGCCAGAACAGUCACAAGUGCAGCAGAGUAGGGAGCCACGGCCUCCCAGGCGAAGACUCAGCAGCAUCCCCUGUGACAGCAGUCCCAUAGCUGAGGAGGAAAGUGGCAUUGACGGAGACUCACGGAGCGACCACCAUCUAUCUUCCUCUCCCAGGUCCUCCCUCAUAUCAUCUCGCCGCUCAUCGCUUGCUUCGACCGACGACUUGCAAAGAAAGUCGUCGUUUGUCAACAAGUGCAUGACAAGAGUGAGAGGCUUCAUCAAGAAGUAAUCACUCCUAGCAGCGGUGCCCCAGGUGGUGCUCACAGCAGUCAGCCACACUCCUGUGGAAUAAAUAACAUUCUCAUGACCAGUGCAGGGAGUCAAGGAUCAACAUCCAGCCACACACUACAGUGGGCCAAAAGCUUGAAGCUUGCUUGCCUCAAAAGUGACUGCUCCACAUCAAACCUUAUGCAAGACAAUCAACCAAUGUCACAUUAGAGCUACUGUUAAGGCAUGGGUUGGGCAGGUCCAGUGCAGGGAAUACCAUGACACUGGGCCAAGCAGUUGGAGGGCUCACUACCCACUGAAGUCAAGCACUGUUAAUGAGGUGAUGAGUUUUCCUGCCAUACAGAAGAUGCAGCUGAUUAUCACUUUAGAAGCAUAUUGUAAUUAGAAGUUUCUUGAUACCAAAUAAUAUACUAAGAAGCAUUUAAUUAUCUAUUUUUUCACAGUAUUCUUUCACCAUCACUCACAGGUCUCAUGUAUUUUCUUUUAAGUUGUGAAUCAUGAAUGAUAUAGAGGCAGCAAUUAAUAAUUCAGCCAGCAGUUAUUACUAUUUGUUUUCAUUUAUUUAUUUUUUUACUGAGGCUUCUAGAUACUGUAAAUAUAUCACAUGAAUUAAACUAUUUAGUCAGGCUACAUCAUACCUGAAUGGCUGAUGAGGUUGUAUUUUAUAUUUAUCUGUACAUAGUCAACUUUUACUUCAACAUGAGACCAACACGUCACUUCACACUUUAUUCAGAGACUUCUUCUCUUCACUAAAAGUUCUGGAACACCAAGAAAAAUAGUGUUAAGACAUAGAUGUUCCAUAUAAAGUUCCAAAGAGUCUGCUCAUCUCCUGAGCAAACUAUUCCUCCUCUCGUGAAUCUUUUAGUCAUUGUACUGAUGAAAGGUGAUGUUAAUAUUAGAGAACAAUUGUACUGAACCCAUCGUCAUGAAUUCACCACAAGUGACAAUUUUAUCAUUGUACAUAAAAAUCUGGCAACUAACGUGUAAGUUUGAGAUUUAUUAUUUUUACAUGCAGUAGUUUCAAGCUUAAAUAAAUACUAUUUAAGUUA